GAGGGGGCAUUCUGGAAGCGGCGGGGGGCGGAAUGGAUACUCUCCCCAACGAAGUUUUGUGUUGAAGCAUGUCUGCAACAGGUCAACAUCAGCAGCUACCGGGCAGGAGAAAGCCAACAUCUCUCCGACUUCAGUGAAGAGCAGCUGCAGACCACAAGACAGUCAUGUCUAUCCUCCAAGACGACAGCACCGAGCUGUGCCUUCAGCUGUCCACCAAAUCAGCUCAGCCGCAGAAGAUCUAUGAACUGAAGAGCGAAGACAUCCCGCUCUACGAACCAUCAGAGCCCGAGAAGAAAGUCCGUAAGCUCUACGCCUGCAGUCUCUGCCCGGUCAGCUCGAACGACUCUGACCAGCUUCACAAACACGUUGUUGAGGAACAUGGCGGCGCAUGCUAUCCCGAGCAGCGCUACACGUGCGGGAUCUGCGAGCAGAGGUUUGUGUACAUGAGCCCCCUGAGAAUCCACAUGCGGAGCCACACCAACGAACGACCCUUCAAGUGCCCUCAGUGUGUCUAUGCUGGUAAAACCCAGUCAGCCCUGUCCAAUCACAUGAGGCUGCACACUGGAGAGAAACCCUGGAGCUGUGAGCACUGCGGACGGGACUUCACCCGACUAGACAGCAUGAAGCGCCACAUCAGCGCACACCACACCGGACACAGGCCGUUCAAGUGCAACUUCUGUUCAUAUGCAAGUGUGACGCGGAGCUCUCUGAAACUACACAUCGCUGCCAAACACAAGAAGGAGAAACCCUACAAGUGUCCCCAGUGUGACUUCUCCACGUGCUACAAGACGGACCUGUCUGUGCACUUGCGAUCCCACACUGGUGUCAAACCCUACAUGUGUCCCCACUGUAACUACGCUAGCUCCAACAGUAGUGACCUGGUCAAGCACGUGCGCAGACACACCGGGGAUAGACUCUACAAGUGCAGACAUUGUGACUACACCUCGACAGAGAAACAGACAGUUGAGGUCCAUGAGAGAGGCAGUCACUCCGACGUUCGACCCUUCCAGUGUCCACACUGCUCCUACCGCACUGCGUACCAGAGCCACCUGCCUCGCCAUAUCCAACGUAUCCAUGUCAAUGGCAGCAAGGCACGUUCUCGCAAGUUUACCAAAUUGCACAGCCAAGAAACCAUACUGGCCUUACAGAAGCUGAAAAGACUGAACUCAACAGAUGUAGAUUCAACAUGUAGUACCAGUUCUUCAAUAGAUACAGACACUGAGGACCAAAACACUCCCAUCCCUCCCGAGAACAUCGCAACCACAACUGAGGAAAAAAGCAUGGACCAGCACCCUGACUUGUGGCUGCCAGCCAUUCCCUGCACUGAGAAGAUUCAGCCUGUAGCAUCUCCAGUGAAGAAAGAAAGGGAGCAUCCAUUCUUCAACAUCACCUGGAUGAGAGAACAUUGGAAUGAUGGGGAUGGUACAGAUACUGCUGUGGAGGGGGGAGCUGCGGAGAGGAACUGUUGGGAUGAUUUGAAUCGGAUUGGGGAGGAAGUGACGUCGGUAAAGGAUACUGGAGAAGGGAGCACCGGUGUUAAGAAUGAAGAACCAAUAGUGAAAAAUACUGACGGUGACUAUGUCUGUGUGUACUGUGAACGCACCUUCACAGAUAAAAACAUGUGGUCACAGCAUAUCAGUCGCCAUAAGUGAUGUCAAUUGCAGUAUGAUGCCAAUAUCAAUACUGAGAAUGUGAGAUACAAGAAUUCUGUUCUAAAAAUUUCUGUAUCGGUAUGGAACAAAAGUCUUCUCCUUUUUCUUAUAAUUCGCUGUACAAGUAGUAAACCAUUCUCAGGGCAGAUAGUGCUAGCCAUGUCCCCCUAGUGUACUAUAACACUUGACUCAUGUCAGAUUUGAAGACCAACAUUGUUGAAAAGUGAUUCUAAUGACUGAUACGCAGUGCCAUAAAACGUAAUUUGAUAUACGUCUUUUGAUGAAUCCACCAAAAAUGCCACAAUUUGUAAUAACCUAGUGAAAUAGGAUUGUAUUUUACUUCUGUAGGUUUUCAAUUUGUAUUAAGCACAUGAAUUUUUGCUUCCCCCAUGAAUGUGUUAGGGAGGUCUUCCGAUUUCUCCAGCUAUGUACAUGUCAUGAUUGUAUGUAAUAGUGGGAAUGGUUGAUUUAGGAGGGGAUAGAUAGAUGUAUGAAUGAAUCAAGGAUUGAGUCAGUGAAUGAAUGAAUGAAUGAAUGAGUGAGUGAAUGAAUGAAAUGAAUGAAUGAAUGAAACUCUAAGAAACAGCAAAAUCACAUGUCUUCCACUCCUAUAUACAGGAGAAGUGCCUUGCUGUAUAGUUAGCUUUUUUUUGUCCAUUUAGACUUUUAUUGUUGUGUCAUUGUUGAAGAGACUAUGCUUUAAGGUAAUUUCUAUGUUGACAACCAUAUUUUAAAAUGGUAUGAAUUGUUAUGAUUUAUGAGUGGGAUGUGGCAGAAAGGAUUUCAGCAUUUAUCCCAAAAUGGGAAAAGGCCAUGUUUUCGAGUAACAGGCAUGCUUGACCCGAACAGUAUUGUCCACAAUGAAAUAGGAAGAUAAACACAGAGGGGCAUACAGCAAAGUUUAUAUGGUA